AUGGAGUCGAUGCCAGAUUACCUGCCUGCUCUGGUAUUGCUGCUGUUGUCGACUCGUCAUCAGGGAGUUUGGGCAGGAGACCACGAAAGACGCCUCUACGCAAAACUCGCCGAUGGCUACAACAAGCUUGCUCGACCAGUGCGUAACGAGAGCGAACCGGUACUGGUGCUUCUUGGACUUGAUUUCCAACAGAUCUUGGAUGUGGACGAGAAACAUCAAAUCAUGCAUUCGAAUGUUUGGUUGCGCAUGAGUUGGAUUGAUCACUAUCUGACUUGGGAGCCAUCCGAAUACGGUAAUAUCCGGGAAGUUCGUCUACCCAUAAUGAAUAUCUGGAAACCAGACGUAUUACUAUACAACAGCGUGGAUCAGCAGUUCGACAGCACCUGGCCCGUCAACGCUGUUGUUUAUCACACCGGAAAUGUCACCUGGAUUCCACCAGCUGUGAUUAGAUCAAGCUGCAGCAUCGAUAUCGCUUAUUUUCCCUUCGAUUCUCAACACUGUACAAUGAAAUUCGGAUCAUGGACGUACUCAGGAUUUUUCACCGACUUACGCAAUGCUUCAGUUUCUGUAGGCACAUAUCAACCAAACGGAGAAUGGGAACUGCUAGAUCUUACUUCGACACGCUCUAUUUUCUACUACGAAUGCUGCCCAGAGCCAUAUUACGAUAUAAAGUUCACCAUAUCCAUAAGAAGAAGGACACUUUAUUACGGUUUCAAUCUUGUAUUGCCAAGCAUGCUCAUUUCUGCACUCGCAUUGCUCGGUUUCACAUUACCAGCAGACUCUGGAGAAAAGCUCAAUCUAUGCGUCACAAUUUUCAUGUCUCUCUGUGUGUUCAUGUUGAUGGUAGCAGAAGCGAUGCCGCAAACGAGCGAUGCAUUGCCGCUAAUAGAAGUCUACUUUUCCUGCAUUAUGUUCGAAGUAGGAGCAUCCGUCGUUUGCACAGUAUUUGCUCUAAAUUUCCAUCACAGGACGCCCGAAAGUUACCAUCCUAUGACAUCACUGACAAGGAAGGUUCUGCUGGAGUGGUUACCAAUAUUGCUAUUUAUGGAGCGUCCCCCACCAUUCAAUCCAGAGCAGCUAAAUGGGCAUGUCGUCAGUGAGCGACACAAAGAGAAAAGAAAAUCGAGGAGUUUCAUUAUCGAUUCGGAGCCUUUACUAAACAACUGCAUUACAUCACACAACCACAAGACAAGAGCUGUUCAUCUCGACUUCUGUCAUGGAGGACGCAUAGAGGUUCGCCGCCGCCCUAGAAGUGUCGAACGGAACUCAUAUCCUGCUUCGAAUCCAUGCAACAAUUCCGCAUCUCCGUUCCAUCUCCCGAAGUAUUCAUGCACAAAGCUGAACAAUCCGCCUGAAGUGGAACGCAAGUCUCCACUAGUCACUCGGAACGUACUGGAUGAACGACAAUACGCAAGCAUUAUCGAGGAGUUACGAGUUAUCUCAUCGCGUGUCAAAAAGGAGGAACUGAUGCAUGCUCAGCGAGCUGACUGGAUGUUUGCAGCAAUGGUGAUAGAUCGAGUGUGCUUUGUCACAUUCUCAGUUUUUCUCAUUCUUUGUACACUUGUUCUUUCCUAUAGAGCGCCGCAUAUCUUUGCAUGA